UUUUAACGUGCGUUCUGUCAAACCAACGCCAACGCCAAAGCCAACGCGAAAGUUCUAUGUGGACCGGCCUUAAUUGUCGUGCGCGCUACGCCACCAUCGCAGUAGUAAAUAAGUGAGCGCAGUGAUAACUAAUACGCUCGUAAUUUUGACGACGCGCACUCAAAAAGCAGUACGCCGCGCGCGCUUGUUAGUUAGUUGAUGUUUACGCUGUAGAGCCGCGCAACACACGCCGUACGUCGCAAAUUUUCAGUAAGUUCUCCUUCUUAAAAAUUUUAGCGCUCCAGCGAGUACAACCUCAAAUUGGCUGCGCUUGCCGCCAAAUGAGCAUAUGAUAAUUGCAGUAGCCGGCGAAAAAAAAACGUACUUACAAAUUCCAUUUGGGAGCGCGAGCGUAAGGUCCUCCUAAUCAGUAAUUAGCUGCGGAGUGCACAAAUACCUAAGUGUAGCGCACUUAUACUAUACAAUUAUUAUUUUUGAAUAUUUAUUGACGCGCUGCGCUGUCACCUCACCAAUACACUAACAACCAGCAGCAGCACCGACAGAGGCAAAGCCCUAAGCAACGACAAAAUGUUCGCCGUAAUGAGAAUCGACAACGAUGACUGCCGGUCGGAUUUCCGUCGCAAGAUGCGCCCAAAGUGUGAGUUUAUUUGCAAAUAUUGCCAGCGGCGUUUUACAAAGCCCUACAAUCUGAUGAUACACGAACGCACCCACAAAUCGCCCGAGAUAACGUAUUCCUGCGAGGUUUGCGGCAAAUAUUUCAAGCAACGCGACAACCUGCGUCAACACAGAUGUAGUCAAUGUGUAUGGCGAUAAACGGCAAAACGCCAGCUCAAUUUUAAGCACUUCUCCUCUCAUGCACUUAAAUUAAUGAAAAAUAAAUAAAAGAGAAAAAAACAAAACAAAUAUUACAUGAACGAAGACAAUGAAAUGAAAGCAUAAAUGUUGCACGCACGCAUGCACGCACGCACCUACGUACUCUUACCGCUACAGUAAUUUUCCUAUACAUAUAAAUAAUUACAUAUCUACUACAUGCACUUUGCACAAAUCCAUACCUACAUAAGGCAACAGCAAACAAUUACCGCAAAAUUGUACUUACAUAUAUAAAUUGAAAAUCUGUAAUAAAACGCUGCGCUACUCGCGCGAAUGGCAUGGCAUUGAACGAACUGCAUUUAGCGAUCUUCCUGCAUUGGCGCUCACUGUGUGGUCAAUGGUGGUGAAAGGGGUUUUGAAUUUGCUUAAAAAAAAAAAAAACAAAUGGUUAAAAGAAAUUAUUUGGUGUUUGGGUUUAUUGACAGCAGCUCAAAUAUGGAAGGAUGUUUUUACUUGUACAGCCAAUUCAAAAGGAGGCAGCCUGUAAAUAUUUGUAUGGCAAGCAGCGCUUAUAACUUUACCGCAAUUUCUUGGGUGAGUGGUGAGUGGGAAGGAUCAAUUGGUGUAUGUAUAAGCGCACAAAUAUUUCCAAACAUUUUGCACUCUUUGAUAAUUGCACACACAUAUACAUACAUGCAUACACAUAUGGCACCUCAUUCGCAAUUUCGCAACUGUAUAUACUCGUUAACAUAAAAAAAAAACGCGACAAUAUCACACAUCACUCACUAUUUUGCAUUUGCAUUCCAUCUCCUUCAUUGUGUACACAGAUUGUUGUAUACAAGACGCAAGGUUGCCUAGAAUGCGCUAGAAAUUUAAUUUCGUGCACAAAUCUAUGUACUUGAAAAUUCGCACCAAUCACAAUUUCAUGAGCAGAAAAUUAAAUUGAAAUUAUUAAAUUGUAAAAUAUUUGGUUUUUGUUUAUUUUGCGUUUUCCUAGAAAUAUGCAUCAGGAUACCUGUGGACGCAUGUACUAAAAUAAUGCAAAAAUAAAGACAUUGACUAAGCUGAAAAGAAAAAUGAAGCAGCAAGUAUUUAUAAAAAAUUUAAAAGUAAACAAAAAAACUGCAACUUAAUUAAAAAAAAAGCUAUCCCAACGCCUUUGUCCCCUAUCAAACACGUUAAGUUUUCGUAGGCGAUGGCGGCGAGUAGAGACAGAGAAAGAGUACAGAUACCGCCAAACCGUCAAGUGGUUUAAGUUUUGGUUGCCUUGCCUCUGGAAUUUUCAUUGAGAAAUUCAGUAAAGAAGCGUAAACUUGAAUUCAAUAAAAGUUGACGCUUGUGAAAGCAAAUAGCAACACACAAAACAGUAAGAGAAAAAAUUGCUUUCAUGGAAUUGAUUCGUGAAAAAGCCGACUAAGAAACGCUUCAAACUCAAUGCCCAACUGGUAAACAGCAGCUGCGUAAACUGCAAAAAUAUAGAAGAGCUUAAAAAUGAUUCACAACCGCAAAACUUUCACUGAAAAAUCUCUUGACACCUGCAACCCAAAAAGGGAUUUUAAAGCAAAAAAAAAAAUCGUAUCAAAAUGAAGUUUAUAAAACCCUUUUCUUACCCAAUUGCGAUGCCAACACAGACCAGUUAAGCAUAUGCUUGGUGCACCGCCGAGAAAAAAAAGUGCAAUUAAGCUUUUGACUUUUUGUGCUUUUUUCAAAAUUAAGCCACGCACCAUAGCCGUAAGCAAAAUAAAAAGCGCGAUCAUGGAAGUAAAAGAAGCAGCAGAGCCAGCAAAUCGAUGUAGUUCAGCUCGAGAAAGGAGAA